UGUAGUGGGGAUGCGUAAUACCGAAGGUGAAAAUUUUGACAAAAUCUUACAAAACGAGAGACAAUCAUCAGCUUAAAAUACAGAAAUGUUGUUUCAUUUUUUGUCUAUUUACAAUCAAAAUGGAAGUAUUAAAUUCAUAAGACUCAUUUUACUGAAAAUGGCUGAAUUAUUUUUGUUAAGUGAUGGUAAAUAAUACCUGCGCCCAAAUAUCUAGGCAACCUGAUUCCAGCUUGGGAAAAUGGCGGAAGACAGUGGUGGAGGUGGUGGGAGUGAUCUUGGAACAGCCUACUACCGAUCUAGGGAUCCUAUCAAGAAUUUUAAAAUCAACUCAAGUCCGGCCAGAAGAUGACGAGACCUACACCCUGAAAUGGCAGGAGAAGUUGUUCAGCCAACUGGAGGUGGAACUCUACCGUGACCGGGACAACUGCAAGCGACCCAUUGAGGAGAGGUACCAUAGAGAGAUUACUGCCAUGUACAAUGAUGGAGAUGGCAGACCCACCACGAGGAUCUUCUCCUAUGUGGACCAUGAUACCUUUGCCAGUCUUGAGGAGCAAAAUGCAGUGACAACAUCAAGCAAGGAAACGCCGUCGUUUCUGACCCAGAAGAUGCAGAAUGUCAGAAGGAGGAAACAGACGGAGAGAAGAAAUGGUUACGGUGAUGGUAGUUCGUUCCAACCCAAGAUCAACCCAGUCAUGGAAGCCCCAUCAGAGGAGCAUAAACGAAGCGCUCACGUCAUCGACACACCAGUACAGACUAUGUACAUCAUGGCUGAUCUCAGCGCAGUGGAAGACGAACCCACAAUACUGGAUGAAUACAUUCUCUGCACCAUAAAGUAUGACACCCAUGGGGUGUUGUCUGUCACGCCAGACUUCAAUCGUUAUCGGCCCCCAUACACCAUAGUCACCGAGUCCACACAACGCGAUACCUUUGAGUACACACUGGAGCUGGCAUCUCUGCCGAUGGCCCGGCGUGAUCAAGACCGAGAGACCAAGAUGUUCAGAGAGUUGUACCAGAGACAUAUGGAUUACGUCGGGGCCAUGGUGGGCCAUGACUUCGAACAGGUUGCGUCAGGAAUUCUGAGACUGCUGGUUUACGGCGAAAUUGUUUCUGCCAAGAACUACGAGUACGACAAUCUCUAUGUCCACUUUUUUGUGGAGUUACCCAAGCACUGGUCAACAGAUACUGCGCAACAACUAUCAGGGGUCACGCAGACAUGCAGUACGAAGGAAAUUGACAGAGAAAACGUAGCCUACUUCUGUUACCCGUUUGACUUGGAGCUAUUCUACAAGCAAGAGGAGCUUGGCGAGGAGGAGCAUCGGGAACCAUUGCUACCUCAAUGGCCACAGAUCUUUCUGGAGGUCCUGUCUAUUGAUUCCUGGCAGCGAUAUCGCACGGAGGGGUACGGAUACCUGACCAUACCCUCAACACCGGGUAUUCACACAGUUGAGGUGCAAACGUGGCGCCCGUCUGGCCAGCACUACUUCAACAACUUGCGUCGAUUCUUCAUCGGUGGUUCCCCUGAAUUGGAAGAUCCGACCUAUGUAGCUGUCCCACCGACACACGAGGGCAGCGUGAUCAGCCGAUUUGGGUUCCGAACAGAGGCAACAGGGAGCGUCACAUUGAAGCUGAACCUGCUACAGCAGAGCCAAAUCUUCAUGGACAAAGUGGAUUCCAAACGGAAAGUGGGAACAUUACUGGACAGACUUGGUGGCCUGACGAUGCAAGCGUCUGUCCAGAAUGUUCUGGAAUUGUUCCAGAGAGCCAGGAAGAGAAUGCAAGCUGCCAAAGAAACUCUCUCAACCAUUCAAUAAAAAAAACUGAAAUACAGAAACCUGAUCUUGCUUAUUCUUUCGCCAAAACAGAAGCAGUUUUGAGGUAAAUACAGUCAUGUGAAGAUUUUCAGCGCCACACUUGACUGACUUUUACUUUGCCUAAUUGGCUAGUCAAUCUUUGGUCAGUUUUGUUAGUCAAAAUAGAUUUGGUAAGCACAGGAAUAUGUUGCUUAUAGGAAAUAGUUAACCAGCUAGAAUUCUGUUCAAUUAGCUGCCAGUUUUACAUGCUGUGGUGUUAGCAAGCGCCUUGUCCCAUUUAAUUCGACAAAAGCCAGCGUAGUUUGCAGUGUUCUCUGCAUUUUGUUUCAACUUAUGUGGCCUGUAGUCGGCAUGCAAAUGGGAUUUCCAUUUCUGACCCAAGAAAUAAUAUAUUAAAUUCUCUACUUACAAGGAGGUAAAGGAAAGUGCGCAUGUGUCUUUCUGAUUGGGUCUAAACCCUUCAUAUAUGCCAUUUUGCGAUGCUACCCAUUGUUUACGUGUGGGCUUUCCUAAGGUGCUUAGUGGAUUGUGGGCCUACUCUGACUUUAUAGGAAAGUACACAACAAUUGACGUCAUCAGGACAGAAGCUGAUUGUCUCCAUUAUGAACAAUCAUGCUUGUAGUCCUUACCUUUGAUGUAAAUAUUUGUUAAUCAUUUAAUGAUACACAUGUACAUGUAUGUAUCCACUGUCAUUGACACAGCUGUACAGAUAAGUGUACAAAAAAGUGAAUAAAAUAUAAAAAUAGAUUUU